AUGCAUCAUCGUUGGGGAGUGCACAAAAGAGCUGCGCCACCCCCUAAACACUUACGCACCCGAAGCCGGAAAAGCAGCGGAUUACUGCGUCAAGUGCUUCAGAACCUAUGGAGUGUCUCGAAGUCCAUACGAGAACAAUUCGAACCUAACCGAGCUCCCCACGCUGCUGUACCGAACGAGACGAUAAUCGUCAAUUGCUCUCUUGCCGCUUCCAAGCAGUCGAGCAGUGCAUUCUGGUCCAAACGAUCGAGCCCAUCGAAGCAUCGUGAGAGUGCUCCCGCCGUGACCGAGCCCAUAGAAGGCAAGGAACUGAUCGAGAAACACCAAGAAAUCAAGUCCGUUAUUGGACAUAGGAUCGCACUACGUGACAGCUCUCGAAAUGAGCUGCGCAUCCUGUGGAGCGACAAUGCGACGUCGUGGGAGCCAGAGCGAGUGAUCCAGACUGAAGCCCUCGAAGCGUGGCUGGCAUAUACAUCGAGAAUUGAUCAUCGGGCUUCUUUGGGAGAAGACCAGCGCAACAAGUGGCACCUUCUGGCGAUACACUCGCACUGGACUGCGACAGCAACAACGGGCAGGCGUAAGAGCAAUAAAGUAAUGGUCGAGGUUUCUUGGGAGGGCAGCAUGGGCAGGACAGAAAUAACGGAAAGCUCUGCGCGGUUCCGAAACUCAGCCAUGGUAGCGGAGUACUGGCACGACCGGGGUGGCAGAGAUGUUGCGCUGCUUGAUGCUGAUGUCAGAGAAAUUUGA